AUGGCCGACCCUGGAGAUGGUCCGGAUACCACCUCCAUCAAACCCUUCUCUUCGCUGAAGUCCAAGUUCGAGAACUUGGGAAAGGACAAUGAGACCCCGCAGUCGCCGGUGGGACCUCCGCGGCAGUCAUCGUUGACUGCCAAUCCAGCAUCACCUGCUACAAGGCCGAAAACUUCAGCAGGGGAGAGUAAUGUUGUCGGAUUGGGGUUGGGCCCGGUGUCGACGCCGUCUGCGCAGGUCGUGCCCACCGUUCCAACACCACGAAGGCUGCAGCCAAAGCCAACUCAGCCACGGCCUUCAUCUAUGGGGCCUAUGAGUCCUCCAGCGCCCCAUUCGCCUCCUCUGGUCACGGUUGACUCUCCUCGUUCACCCCAAAAGGGGUUCUCUGUAGAUCUACGUCCUUCAGCAUCUGCCGGUACGACACCAUUGCAGCCACUCACUCCCAAUCGGACGAGCGAAUCACCUAAAUCACACUCUCGUAACAUCAGUCGAGCGGCGACUCCAGCAUUAGAGGCAAGAGCAGCAGCUUUCUUGCAAGCUACUGAGUCACCCGUUGUGAAGGAUGCUCCACCACUGCCAUCGCCGCAGCAAAAGCCUGUGAAGGCUGAUCCAACGAAGGAGCCGCCUGUGGUGAAUCGAGCUGCCAAGCCAAAAGUGCCUGUAAAACCGCAGAUUCUGGGAAAGAAGCCUAGUACCCUUGCUGCACCAGAACCUAGUGCAGAGCUGACGGAUCAGAGCAUAUCGCCGUUUAGUACACCGCCAAGCAGCGAAGGCAGCUCUCCUGACAUUAAGAAAGACCCUGGACCGCAAAGCACACACGGGCACAGGAUCAACACGCAUGCGCCCAUACCACAGAGGCCGCGGAAUGAUUCGGAGGCGUCUUGGGUGCAGAGGAUUCGUGGUGACUCUGACGCUUCCUUCGUUGACCGGGCAAGGACAGGCUCAAACGCGUCGUUUGUUGAGUCUUCAUCCUUACCUGACAGCUGGCUGCCCCCUCCAACACACCAUGCUGUUGCUGCACGCCGGGAACAGCAAGCUAACGGCCUGGUAAGAGCACCAACAAUGCCGGCCAGGUAUCGACCUGCCCCCGGCCGUGACACACACGAGGUAGACGAUUCACCAGAAGAGCGUCCACGGCUUCCACUCAGGCCGGAACUGCAGAUGCGGCCUGGUCGGACCAGCCCUCCUAAGGUACGGUCUGGAAGAACCAGUCCGACCAAGUUUGGCAAGCUACCCCUUAAGAGGUCGGUAGACGGGCUGAAAAAUGUGGCUGCUGGUUCAGAUACGGACGCCCCCAGAAUACCUGCUGUCAGGACAGGAACAAAGUCUGCUCUUGCCCUAGGCUUUGAAAGAUCACCAACCUCGGGACCACCUUCUGCAGCUCCUGCAGUCCCUGCACCACGUCGUUCUAUGGACCAAAGGCGUCCGCCGCCGCCUCCCCCAUCAUCUACAGCGCCAGCCGGCGCAGUUCAUACUAUCGGCGGACACGUCCAGGGACAGUCGCACGACGACGAGGAAGACAUAGCACCCCCUGGCUUCAACAACGACAAUUUUGCAGGCCCUCAAGAUUAUCCAGACGGUACGCGGUCCAACAGGAGACCACCGAGAUUCAAGCAGCGCCCUUGGCAAAUUCCCACAUUCUAUGAUACAAGGUUAUUUGCUGUGUGCGGCGAUUACAUAUGCACAAGUGGCUACAUCACGAAGGCAUGGAAUCUGCGGACUGGAGAAGAGUUACUGAACAUGGAGCAUCGCGACCAAACGAGAGUGACGUCGAUCGUAUUCAAGCCAUCCCCCAACAUCGAAGACGAGGGCAAGAGAUUCUGGCUUGGGACAAAUGUUGGCGAAAUCCACGAGGUUGACAUCCCGACCCAGUCGCUUGUAAAGACAAAAGCAGCUCACACCCGACGCGAAGUCAUCCGCAUGUUCAGAUACGAGUCGGAACUGUGGACAUUGGACGAUGGCGGCGAACUUCUUGUAUGGAGGCCUGACCACAAGGGUAUGCCCAGUUUGGACUCGCAAUCCAACAACUGGCGCAUUCCCAAGGGCGUGUCUUUCUCACUCGCUUCGGGCAAACAGCUCUGGACUGCUUGUGGCAAAGAGAUUCGUGUCUUUCUGCCAAGUGCGCAAUCCGACACCGAGUUCCAAGUGUUGAAGAGCCCACUUAUCCAGUCCGGAUGUGGCGAUGUCACAUCUGGAGCUACGCUCAAUGGAAAGCAAGACUUGGUCUAUUUCGGGCACUCGGAUGGCAAAGUCAGCGUCUACAAUCGUUCAAACUACACCUGUCAAGCCGUGGUCAAUGUCAGCGUAUACAAGAUCAGCUCGCUCGUCGGAGUCGGCGAUCACUUGUGGGCGGGUUACAGCACUGGGAUGGCGUACGUCUACGACACAUCGACAACGCCGUGGACUGUCAAAAAGGACUGGAAAGCUCAUGAAAAGCAAAUCUGCAGCAUCAUUGCGGACCCUUCGGCAAUGUGGAAGAUGGGACGCCUCAAUUUGGUCACGCUAGGGCUCGACAAUCUACUCCGUAUUUGGGAUGGAAUGCUGGAGGAAGACUGGAUCGAAGCGCGCAUGCAAAGUCGCGACUCCGAGUUCUGCAGCUUCCGAGAGUUGACCGCAGCAGUGCUAACAUGGAACGCGGGCGCUUCGAAGCCUAGCUUCCUGCAGCACAGCAUCGAUGACAGUAACUUCUUCCGCGACUUCAUGAGGUCAGGCGAUCCCCCGGAUAUCUUUGUCUUUGGGUUUCAGGAGCUCGUCGACCUGGAAGAUAAGAAGGUCACUGCGAAGUCAUUCUUCAAAAGCAAGAAGAAGGAUCCUGCUGAGGAGCAGCACAUGUCUCGACAAUACCGUGCCUGGAGAGACCACCUCACUGGCUGCCUCGACGAGCAUAUGCCGACGAACCAGACAUAUACUUUGCUGCAUACCACGAGCAUGGUCGGUCUCUUCACAUGCAUUUUCGUGAAAUCAUCUGAGCGACAACGAAUUCGGCAUGUCCAUACGUCUGAAGUCAAGCGAGGCAUGGGAGGUAUGCACGGGAACAAAGGUGCUCUUAUCGUGCGCAUGGUCUUGGAUGACAGCAGUAUCUGCUUCGUCAAUUGUCAUCUUGCAGCAGGACAGACGCAUACAAUGCAUCGAAACAACGAUGUUGCCGAGAUUCUGGAAACGAAUGCGCUGCCUCAGUACCCGCUGGAUCAGAACGAGCUUGUCGACCACGGCGAUGUCUUUGCAGGUGGCGGAGAUGGUAGCAUGAUCCUCGACCACGAGAUAUGCAUCCUGAAUGGAGAUCUGAAUUACCGCAUCGAUACUAUGGGUCGCGAUGCGGUGAUUAAGCAGAUUCAACAAGGGAACCUGGCGAGACUCCUCGAGCGUGACCAGCUUCUUCUUAGUCGGAAGAAGAACCCGGGCUUCCGUCUGCGAGCCUUCCAGGAAUCACCCAUCAGGUUUGCGCCGACGUACAAAUACAACGUGCACAGCGACGACUAUGACACGUCUGAGAAACGUCGAGCUCCAGCUUGGUGCGACCGCAUCCUAUACCGUGGCCUUGGAAAGGUCAAGAUGGAGGAGUACAGGCGAUGGGACCAGAUCCGGAUAUCUGACCAUCGGCCAGUCAGCGGAAGGUUACGGAUGCGGAUCAAGACGGUGGAUCCUGACAAGAGAGAGAUCGUGUGGGACAAGUGCGUGAAGGAGUUUGAAGGCGUGCGGCAGAGGAUUGCGAAGGCAGCGCAAUUGGAGUACCUGACGAAUAUCCUGGGACUCAGUCCAAAGGAGGCGACGGCGGCGCUGCAGAGGGGCAGCUAG